CUAAUCUUGGAACGCAACAGAGACAUUGUAAGAGCGAGAUAGAGACUUGAAAGUUGAAAUUUGAAAACAAAGCAUCAGUGCAGUUUGUUCAGCGCACGUACUGUGCGGCGAACGCUAGGGUUACAUUAUUAUCGGAUAUUAUCAGUUGCUUUAGCCGGUUGCCGCCUUGCUGAAACUCUUCGUUUGCUGUUCGCCUACUGCCCGCUGACUGGCUGAGAGUGCUUGGCUCACGAAACGCACCCACCCAACCGUAACUAGCCACUAUGUCUGGGUCAGUGAGAUUACUAUGUAUUCGCAAGCCUCUGCAGCGGUCAUGGCAUUACCGGCUUUCAAGUUCUUCAGCAACAGCACCCCCUACUCCUGGUAUACCAUACUCUAAACUAAGUGUAGGUAUACCAAAGGAAAUCUGGGAAAAUGAAAAAAGAGUGGCUGUAGUACCAGCAGUAGUUAGCAAAUUAGUUAAGAAAGGUUUCAGUGUAAACAUUGAAGAAAAUGCUGGAGCAUUAGCUAAUUUUCCAAAUAAAAGUUACGAAGAAGCAGGAGCAAAAGUAACUAGCCUAAAGGACACAUUCCAAUCUGAUAUAAUUUUAAAAGUUCGUCCACUAAUAGACAAUGAAGUACAAAGUGUUAGACCCGAAGGGACGCUUAUAUCAUUUUUAUAUCCUGCACAAAAUCAGGAACUAAUUAAGAAACUGGCUGAUAAAAAUGUGAAUGCAUUUGCAAUGGACUGUGUUCCUCGCAUAAGUCGCGCCCAAGCAUUCGACGCGCUCAGCUCUAUGGCAAAUGUCGCUGGAUACCGUGCAGUGAUUGAGGCUGCAGCUUACUUCCCUCGGUUCUUUUCUGGUCAGAUGACGGCUGCAGGCCGCGUGCCGCCCUGCCGUGUUCUGGUUGUGGGCGGCGGUGUGGCGGGACUGGCAGCUGCCGCGCAAGCUCGCUGUAUGGGCGCCGCCGUCAGGGCCUUCGACACCCGCCCCGCAGUGCGCGAGCAGAUCGAGAGUCUUGGGGCACAGUUCAUCACCAUGGACAUGAAGGAGGAAGGUGCUGGAGCUGGCGGAUAUGCGAAGGAGAUGAGUCAAGAGUUCCUUGACGCUGAGAGGGCACUCCUCGGGAAAGAGGCUAGAACCUCUGACGUAGUCAUCACGACUGCCCUUAUACCUGGAAAACCAGCACCAGUAUUGAUUCUCGAGGAUGCCGUUCGGGACAUGGCCCCCGGUAGUGUCAUAGUGGAUUUGGCAGCGGAGAUGGGUGGCAAUGUUCAAACAACGAAGAAAGGCGAGAUCAGCAAGAUACACGGGGUGACGCACAUCGGCCUGACAGACAUGCCCAGCCGGAUGCCUGCGCACGCUUCCACAUUGUACGCUAACAACAUCUCCGGAUUCCUGUUUAGCUUGGGAACAAAUGACCACUUCCACAUCAACCUGGAGGACGAAGUGACCCGCGGCGCUAUAGUGCUGAAGGCCGGAGAGUUGUUGUGGCCAGCUCCGCCUCCGCCCAGCAUGGCGGCAGUGCAGGCGUCCUCACCUACACCCACCGCAGUCGCCAAACCAGAGCCACCUAAUCCAUUCAACGAGACCUUGAAAGAUGCCUUCUUGUAUUCCACAGGAUUGGCUGGGUUGAUUGGUUUGGGAAUAGCGGCGCCUAAUCCUGCCUUUACUACCAUGACGACAACCCUUGCACUGUCAGGUGUGGUGGGCUACCAUACAGUAUGGGGCGUGGUGCCAGCGUUGCACUCUCCCCUGAUGUCGGUAACUAACGCCGUGUCGGGCAUCACCGCCGUCGGAGGCCUGCUCCUCAUGGGCGGCGGGUACCUGCCCGAGACACCAGUGCAGUGGCUGGCGAGCACAGCGGCGCUUAUAUCGUUUGUCAACGUGUUCGGUGGCUUCCUCGUCACGCAGCGCAUGUUGGACAUGUUCAAAAGGCCCAAUGAUCCACCAGAAUAUGGAUACCUAUAUGGUAUUCCUGCUGCCGCUCUUCUCGGCGGCUACAUCACUGCUGCCAUGCAGGGUUAUUCGGAAGUUCACCAGAUUGCUUACCUCGCAUCAUCACUAUGCUGUGUUGGGGCACUUGCAGGACUUAGCUCCCAAACCACUGCUCGCAAAGGAAAUUACCUUGGAAUGAUUGGUGUAUCAGGAGGCAUUGCCGCUACAUUGGGCAUGCUCACACCAAGCCACCCAGUGUUGGCCCAAAUGUUGGGAGUCGCUGGCAUUGGUGGAAUUAUUGGCAGCACUAUUGCCAAGAAAAUCGAAAUCACUGACUUGCCGCAACUUGUGGCUGGUUUCCACAGUCUUGUCGGUAUGGCGGCAGUGUUGACCUGCUUGGCGACGUACAUGCACGACUUCCCCGCGAUGGCGAUGGACCCCACUGCCGCCACACUGAAGACAUCCCUCUUCCUUGGCACAUACAUCGGAGGCAUCACAUUCACUGGGUCUCUGGUGGCGUACGGCAAGCUGCAGGGCUCGCUGUCGUCGGCCCCGCUGAUGCUGCCGGGACGGCACGCCAUCAACGCGGGGCUGCUGGCGGGCUCGCUGGGCUGCGGCGGGGCCCUGCUCGCCUUCCCCGACCUGCCCGGCCUGCCGCUGCUCUCCGCCGCCGCCGUGCUCAGCGGCAUACAGGGACUUACUCUUACUGCCGCCAUUGGAGGUGCGGACAUGCCCGUGGUGAUCACAGUAUUGAACAGCUAUUCUGGUUGGGCGCUGUGCGCUGAAGGGUUCAUGCUGAACAACUCUUUGAUGACCAUUGUUGGUGCCCUUAUUGGCAGCUCUGGUGCUAUCCUUUCAUACAUUAUGUGCAAGGCUAUGAACAGGUCCUUGCCUAAUGUAAUCCUGGGAGGAUACGGAGUGACGAGCAGUGGGUCGGCGCGUCCUGCAGGCGCCACGCACACCGAAGUCACCGUGGACUCGGCCGCCGAGCUCAUCCACCGCGCCUCCAACAUUAUUAUCACUCCUGGUUACGGUCUCUGUGUUGCUAAAGCGCAAUACCCUAUCGCGGAACUGGUAGAUAUUCUAAAAGGCAUCGGAAAGAAAGUUCGUUUCGCCAUCCACCCCGUUGCAGGUCGUAUGCCCGGACAAUUGAACGUACUGCUAGCUGAAGCCGGUGUUCCCUAUGAUGACGUAUUUGAAAUGGAAGAAAUUAACGACGAUUUCCCUGAAACUGAUCUCGUAUUAGUAAUUGGUGCCAACGACACCGUGAACAGCGCUGCGGAGACUGACCCUCAGUCUCCCAUCGCUGGCAUGCCUGUACUUAAAGUCUGGAAAGCGAAUCAGGUGGUUGUAAUGAAGCGAUCGAUGGGUGUCGGUUACGCCGCCGUCGACAACCCCAUCUUCUAUAACAAUAACACGGCCAUGUUGCUCGGAGACGCCAAGAAGACUUGUGAUGCGUUACUCGAUCGCAUCAAACAUCUCACCGCUUAAGUAAGAUAGUUAUAAUUUAAUAUACCAAAUACCUACUUGUUAUUUGCAUUUGACUGUUGGUACAGUCUAACAAAAUAUCAUAUAGGUAGUUCAAUCCAAUUUUAUUUCAUUGAGUACCAGUUUCAUGUUAAUAAAUUAGAUUGUUUUCACGAAAGACGAUGCAGAAAUGUUUCAAUUUAGAUGCACAGGUGUGUUUGAGUCACCCAUCUAUGUCGAACUUUUAAUAGGUUCUAAUUGACUCUAGGAGGUUCUAUGAUUAUAUGAUGAAGCGAAAUAUUUUUUGUUUAGAAUUAAUUAUCUGCAUUUUACCAACCUAUUUGCACGUGUACUUUUUAUGAAAUAGGUAAUAAAUUCAAGACAUAGCAUUUGUUCAUUGAUAUAUUUUGUAAAUGAUAGUAACAUCACAAUUUCAUUGACCAGCACAUGGUUCCUGAUGAAGCAAAAAGUUUCGUUAAAGAGUGGGUAAAUUACAAACCAAAGUUACGGUUGUAUCAUUAAAGUGGUUUACCAAUAUUAGCUGAGGAAUCGCGGAUUAUGGUAGCACUCGCAUACGUUUUUUAUAUAAAAAAAUGUAUGACGAUAGAAUGAGAAGAAAAAAUAUUUGUUAGGUAUGCUUCGUUAGAAAACAUGUGAUGGUUUAAAUGCCAACUAACAAAAUAUUUCAUUUAUUGCUCAUUAAUUAAGACUGUCAGUUUUGACACCAUUCUAUUUUUUUAUUAUGGGGCUGUUGUACAUUACAAUAGGCUUAAAUCAUCAGUUAUAUUUUUUAUUCUAAGUCUGCUGUUUUGUAUAUUUUUAUUUUAAACCAAUUUAUGUAAAUCUUUAUCCAAAAUGGUGCCUAAAAUAUUCAAUGUGUUCUUCGUAAUCGAGUGUCAUAACUUUAUUGUACUUUGCUAAAUUUUGGACUGAAUAGGAAUAAUAAUAAAACAAAGCGAUGUCGGCAAAAUACCGCUUUUCUUAAUUUUAAGAACCAUAUGUGCCUUUAAUUUGCAACAACUUUAGUAUCUCUUAACAGCUAGUCUAUAAGAUAUUAUUGAAAUUAUUAAAUAAGAUUAUAAUGGAUUUUUAUGUAUAGUAUCUACAAAUAAAAGUUUAUAUACAUACAAUUAUAUACAAAUAAAUUUCAUAUUUGUACUAUACUACGUUAAACAUUUGAGAUUUUUAUAUACCUCGGCAUUUUAUGAAUAAUUUUAACCGCACAACGUGGAAUUGAGUUUAUCUAAAAUGACUGGAACGCAUUUAAACACUGAGCCUGUAUCCACCUUCACAUUCCGCCAAAAAAUACAUACGUAGCAUCACGCGACAUUUAUUCAGUGGAGGUUUAUAAAUAAUUAUUGUACAUAUUUUUGUAAUUUAAGUGAAACAGUGAGUAUACCAGUUGAUUGUAAUAAUAGUUGUAUGUCAACACUGUUCCAUGAUAUGUGAACAACAUCAUUCCAACAAUAUUAUUACUUUAUUUCAUUUUUAAGUACUUACUUAGUUUAUGACGCUAGAACAUUGAGCAUGCUCAAGUGCUUGAGGUCCUUGAGGGCUCAUUUUUUUAUAUAAAAUUGAUUGUAUUUGUUUUCAUUUCGUUUUUCAUAUCAAUGGAAUGUUUUGAUAAAUUUAUGAAUAAAUUGUGCCUUUUAAAAAUAAAGAAUGACUGUAACAGA